AGUGAGAGCCAAGCAUAUGCGGGGGGCGUCACUGCUGCUGCGCCUCUUCAUCAUCGCGUUCAUUGAAUAUUCAUUGAAAAGCGUCGGGAGUUCUCGCUUUACAACAGUGUGCGUCCGUGCGCGUGGUGGGAACGGUAGCAAGAUGGCGGCGCUGAAGGAGGAGCAGUGCUACGGACUGUCCUGUGGAAGAGUGAGCAACGGCAGCAAUGUCUCUGUCUUUCACGUUAAACUCACUGACAGCGCACUGAGAGCGUUCGAAGGCUACCAAAGCAGCAAGGUGCUGUCACUGCAACCAUUGAUCAGAUUCAAUGGAAAUCAAGGGAAAAUUUCAAUACCACGGUCUGAAAAUUCCAGUGAACUGCAGUCGUUUACUUUUUACCUGUCCAAUGUGGGCAGAGAUAACCCCCAGGGCAGCUUUGACUGCAUCCAGCAGUACAUCACCAGUGAAGGGAGUAUUCAACUGGAUUGUUUGGGUGGAAUCCAGGACAAGAUUACAGUGUGUGCCACAGAUGACUCAUACCAGAAGGCCAGAGAAAACAUGGCCCAGGCUGAGGAGGAGAGUCGCAGUAGGAGUGCAAUUGUCAUCAAACCAGGGGGAAGAUACUUAGGAAAAAAGGUCCAGAUACGGAAACCCGCGUCUGUCGUCUCGGAUAUUGCCCCGCUGAGAAGAACUUCUCGACCUGUUAUCAUCUCUAGUAGUAAUAUUAAAAAAAGUGCAACGCAGCAUCGGCCUCUCAGAGAGCGCCUCAUACACUUGCUGGCCCUUAAGCCAUACAAGAAGCCGGAGCUGAUCCUAAGGUUACAGAAAGAUGGGCUCUCACCUUUAGAUAAAGACUCCCUGGACAGCCACCUGCAACAGGUGGCGAAUCUCAGUGGGAGAGACAGCACCUUCACAUUGAAGGACUUUUUGUUUAAAGAAGUUCAAAAGGACUGGCCGGGCUAUACAGAAGGGGACCAGCAGCUUUUGACAAGAAUCUUGUUCAGAAAGCAAUGCCAAACCCAGAACAGCUCUGCCCCUCCACCAGAGAGCCCACCCAAAGAGCUGGCCAGCAGCUCGCCCUCGCAGAAACGACCGGCUGCUGACUUCAUCGAUCCUCUCAUCAACAAAAAGCCCAGAAUAUCACACCUCGCCAGCAAGGCUGCAACAGCCGCUCUUAAUGGCAAGUUGAACGCCUCCAAUGGGAGAGGAGAGACAGGUGGAGGACAGGCAGAUGCUGUUCCUAUGUCUGAUAGUGGGACGACGUCCAGCUCCCAGCACCUUCCAAUGCUGGACAUUCCCCGUCCUUUCGAAGCACUGUCAGAUGUCAGCAAUGACUCCAGCCACAAUGGGAGAGACUGUGACCCUCAGGAGUCAGCCGUGUCGGAGAGGCUCAGCCAACCACUUUCACAAUUUUCGACAGCGCUCACUACACCCAGCAUCAGCACGUCGUCUUCUGGACACUCACUUCUGGAUGGCACCCGGGACAAAAGUCUCGUGUCCUGUAAUAGCAAAUCCAGAAAGAAGUCCAAAAAACAUAAAGAGAAGGAGAAGAGCAAAGAGAAGGAGAGGAAGAGCAAAGACAAAGGCAGAGUACCAGAAAUAAAUCAAGAAAAGGUGGAGGAGAGAAAGAGUUGUGACGAACAUGUGCCUAAGCUUAACAAAGCCUGUGAGAUGAGCCUGAAAAACCUCAAAAGCAACAGUAUUUCACAGAAAAGCACAGAUCUGAAUGGAAUGUGCAACCGUACUGGUAUCCCGUCAUCAGUGCCUGAAGUGGCUGAAUACCUUGUGGUUUACACAGUGAUUGACUCGCCGGAGCAGCGCCAGAGAUAUAAAAACGAUUUCAACGCAGAGUACAGUGAAUACCGCGGUCUCCAUGCUCGCAUAGAGAGCAUUACUCGGCAGUUUACUGUGCUAGACAAUGAGUUAAAGCAGCUUCAGCAAGGCACAGAAAAGUACAAGACAAUCCACAAUCAGAUACUUCAAGAAUAUCACAAAAUAAAAAAGACUAAUCCAAACUAUAACCAAGACAAGAACCGCUGUGAAUAUCUGCACAAAAAACUGGCACAUAUAAAAAGACUUAUUGCAGAGUACGAUCAACAACAACUGGAAAAGUAGUUUUUUUUUUUGUUUGUUUUUUUUUUACCUUGUUUCUCUCAUCUCUGGAAAACAAGCAGAUAAAGAAAAACUGGAUUCCAACUUGUGCUAAAACAUUUUUUUGUGAAAGAUGUCAUGAAGAGUAUUUUCCUCAAUAUGGGGCUGAAGGUUCCCCUGAGGACUAGGCAAGACUCGUGAUCUUUUUUUCCCCCUCUUUCUUUUGUUGCUUUUGUUGUUUACUCCCUUAUUUCGGAAAGAAAAACUGGCCUGCAUCUGGUUUGGUCCAGUCCAUCUGUGUGGUUCCAGUGCAUUUGGAAAGAAAUGUUCAUUGGCAUAAAAGCCUUUGUUAUAUGCACAUGAGUCAAAACAUGGGCGCCAACUGUGGGACGCCCCCUAAAUGUUUCUGCUGUAGAAACUGCAGGUAAAGAAACACUAAGAUGAAAACUGCUGAUCGUAUGCCAAGCGACUCAUUUGGUUUUUGUGAAAAGAAAAUUUAAGUUAUGUUGCCUCGGUUCCCCUAUUUACUGGAGCGAAUGUUGUGAUGUUCUCUUUGUCUUCUCUCUUUUUAUUUAUUUUUGACACUUUACUAGGGGAAAUGAAUCGUGUUUUACACUCCUUGACACCAGUACUUAAAACUUAAGUCUCUUUUUCUGGAGUCCUUAUAUUCUUAAAUGUCAAACAGUGUUUUCACUCUGAAGCUGCCUUGCUCAUACAACUUGUCAGAUCUGCUGGCAUUCAUAAUCAUGACUCUGUUGAAGAGAUGCAUAUAUUACUCUGUGACUCAAGUCAAAACCAUGCCUCUUAAUGCACACACACUUAGAUGCACAUAUUUGCGCUUGGCUUUACUUUUACAAAUCAUAUGAAAAUGUCUUAAUAUGGGUAAUAUGGGAAGGUCGUACUCGCAGUUUCCAGGUAUAAAUUUUCUCACUCUCAUUUGUUCAGUGGGAGCUGCAGUGAUUUUUCAGUCAGGGUUAGUGGUCCUUAGUUAUGUUCUCAUCAUGGCCUGGCCAAACUGGGUUUUGGGGUUUUUUUUGUUUUUUGUUUUAGUUUUCAGGGAUAUUAUUUGUAAUGCUAAUAAUGUUCAUAAUACAAAGAUAUCUGAUCUGAAGAUCAUCUCCAGUCAAGCUAUGUGAGAUCCUCUCAUUGUAAGAUGAUGCAAACAAAGAUUUCAGCUCUGAAGGAUUUCUCUUUAAUCUCAGAAUUUUCUCGACUUCAGACACUGUAAAUCCUUACGUUGUUCCUAUAGGACGUGCUAAAACAGUGUUUACAGUGUAGAUACAGGGCUCAGACCUCGUGGAACCCCAUUUAAGAUGACUGUUAAGAUGAUGUCAUUAGUAAUCAUCCCCUCAAGUAGAGUACAAUGGACCUCCCAUUAGGAAAAAAAAAUGACAUGUUACACGUGACCACUGUUUGCCUUUUCAAAUAUGAUGUCAGAUAUUCAGUGUGAGGUGGUGCAAAAGUUUAUCGCCUGCCAAUGAAUCAAAUCAACUCAUCGACGAAGUAUUUAAAAUGCUGUAUCAGAGGUUGAGCUUUUUCAAAGAAAUCCUCGGUCUUUUUUAUGUGAAAAUGAAAAAUCAGCACUUUUUGUCUAAAUGACACUUUUCCUCUUUGUCCAUCUGAGUGCAUGCUUUAUGAAAGUGUUAGACGAGCGGUCUUUGUAUCUUUACCUAAAAAGACAAAUAACCUAAGAAGAAGUGAAGUGAAGGUCCAUUUGUACCCAGUUGGUGCCUGAUUAUGACACAACGGUCGGACUGGCGUGUACAGUAUACCAAAGUUUUUACUGAGCCGGUUGACAUGAUGGCGCCCAACCAAAUGUUAACCAAGGAACAUGUCACAAUAUGAUCCAUGUUUCUGUUCUUUCAUUUGCUCCAUUUGACUAGUUUUCAGUUUUUCUGUGAGGAGUGAAAGGAGGCUCCUUUACUAGAGACAGGAAUGGCACCACUGGGCUCAAGUGUUGUAAACAAUGUCAGUCUGCUCAAUGACAUCACAGACACUACAUAAGGCCAAUGCUCUGAGAUUCCCCAUGGGUGCUGCCAUGGUCAGAACCAAUACUGGAGUCAGGUCCUGACAAUGUGAAUGUCCAGUCAGUGAAGUCAGCACCUGCCCAGUACCACAACCCUGAACCAUAGAGGCCCCGUUGCUUUCCUGUAUGCUUCUUUACUGUGUUACACAUCUUUCAUGGUCAAUUAAUGUGUUUUGUUUUUUUUCUUCAAAUUAAUUUUGCUGCAAUGGAGAGCAAACUGUAUUACUGAGUAAUGGAUGCCAGCACAGGAGUGUCACCGUAUGAGUUGUGCCAAAACAAACUGUUGUUUCAAGUUUUUUUUCCUCUUUCCUCUGAGCAUAUACAUGCUGCUGUAUUAGCAAAGAGUGUUUUGGAGAAGAGUCAUAAAAUGUGGAGGCUAAAAUCCAAAGCACGCUUUUUGAAAACCAUAAGGGACUGGGACUGAAAUUGAUAUUUGUUUCAAUAAAAUUAUAUGAAAUCCUUAUUGUGCAAUUCUGAACUGCAUUGUUACUAGUUAUCACACAAUAACUGGGACUGAUCCCAUCAGUUAUUGGGAAGGGACCUACUGUGUUACAUACAACAAGGCUACAUAUAGACAAACAACUGUUUACACUCAAACUUCUAUCUAUGGUCGGUUUAGAACUGCCCUCUAGAUGUGGUUUAUUGGUUUGUUUUAUCUCUCACCACAGGGGAAAGUCCAAAUACAAACAUUUUUAAAAACAUGCCACUUAACCAGUAAAGUGAUGACAUACUGUGGAUUAUAGGGACCGAUUUUGUUCACUUCCUGUUGUGACAGCUCUUAUUCUUACAGGUCAUUGCAUCAACAGAAAUGUACUUCUGAUCUCUAAUAAAAAAGUCCUAAAUA